AUCCGGAAGGACACGCGCGCUCGCGGCUCGUGCUUCGGCCUCAGUUAAAGUUUAAACAUCCAGAACCUGAAAAAAAACCUCCAAAAAAAACUCCGAACAUCUCCAGAAGAACCUCCAGGAAACCUCCGCGGACAUGUCGAAGGCUCCGGCCCUGCGCGCCCUCGUCACGGAGAGACUCUCUGCGGCCGCGGACGAGAUUUUUGCUCUGGUGGAGACGACGAUAGCGGAAUAUGAAGAAGAACUGCGCCGCUCCAGAGAGGAGAACCAGAGGAACCAGAGGAACAAGAGGAACCAGAGGAACCAGAGGAACCCGGAGCUCCAGGGCCCGGGAGUCCGCAGCGCAGGUGUACAGACGGAAGAGGUUUACGAGAGUCCCAACGAAAACUCCAACUGGUCGUCUCGCUUCACAAACUCUGUAUUUACUGCUCCACAAACUCCAUCAGAGGAGAUCCAGACGGAGGAGGAACCGGACGAGGAGCCAGAGGAUGAGGAACCAGACGAGGAACCGGACGAGGAACCAGAGGACGAGGAACCAGACGAGGAACCAGAGGACGAGGGAGGAGCCGAGGAGACUCCCGUGGACCUUCACUCCGACGCCGACGAACCGAACGAGAGCUACGACGUCACGGAGAGUCCAUUCAGCUGCUCGGCCCGAGAGCUGGACGCCGAGGUCGAAGAGGAAGAGGAUCCCGGGCGAACCGAGGCGAAUGAGGAACCUUCGGAGCAGAUCUCCGACGGCGCCGCGUCCGGACCCACGAAGCUGCGGAAGCGGAGGAGGAGGAGCGGCGCCGCGUUGAGCUCGCUGAAACGCAAGUCCAAACACCAGUGCUCCGUCUGCAGCAAAGUCCUCAAAGGUCCUCAGUUCAACCUGCUCCGACACAUGGUCCUUCACACGGGAGAGAAGCCCUUCAGCUGUUCGGUGUGCGAGAAGACGUUCACGCAGCAGUAUCUGUUCAAGAGACACAUGGAGGCUCAUCAGGAAGAGGAAGAAGAGCGGAGUCGAACGGAGCGGGCGAGGACGACGCAGACGGGAGCGCAGGAGGAGGAGGAGGAGCAGCGGCGAGAGGCGGAGUUUCACAAGACAGAACCGGAAGAAAGCAGCGUAGCUCAGCACGAGGAGACUUUCAGGUGUUCCGUUUGCGAGAAGAGGUUCAAGAGGCAGGUCGCGUUGAAGAAGCACAUGGAAAGUCACGAGAAAGAGGCGGCGAGGAGACCAAGAAGAGACAUGGUGAUGGAGGGAGGAGACGAUCACGGCGAAAUGAACGAGGAAAGCGAAGCGAACGAGCAGAAGGACGAAGCUCCGGUUGUGGACGCUUUGAACGGAGAGGACUACACCCAAGCCACGCUGAUGAAGAACACGCCCGUCGCCAGCCCGUCGGCGCCGGACCACCGCUGCUCCGUGUGCCACCGCGUCUUCACCACGAAAACGCGGCUCAAGAGGCACAUGAUCGUCCACACGGGGGACAAACCUUUCAGCUGUCCCGUCUGCAACAAGUGCUUCUCGCAGAAAUACAACGUGAGGCUUCACAUGGCCGUGCACACCGACGAGAAGCCGUUCACGUGCCACAUCUGCCUGAAGAGCUACCGGCGCAACGACGACCUGCGCACGCACAUGGCGGCGCACACGGGCCAGGUGCUAUUCAGCUGCAUGGUCUGCAACACGGCGUUCAAGCAGAGGAACUGUCUGGUGUCGCACAUGAGGCUGCACACGGGGGACAGGCCCUACAGGUGUCCCAUGUGCCCCAAGACCUUCAUCCAGAAGUCCAACCUGAACCGGCACGUGCGCUCUCACACCGGGGAGAAGCCGUUCCGCUGCCCCGUCUGCCCCCAGCGCUUCGUGCAGAAGAGCGACAUCCGCAAACACAUGGCCAUCCACACGUAGACGCCGCCGACCGGAGCCGAGCUGAACUGCAAAACCGCACAAAAACUACGUCUGUCGUUUGUGCUGAUUUAGUUUUGGAGAUGUUAACGAUUCUUUUAUAGGUCAAAUUUGGGCCAGGAAGCUUCAAAAUACUCAAUCAUUUGUGCUGUAAAAAGUUUGAUUUGUGUGAUUCUGGUUCUUAAAAUAUUAACUUUUUAUUUUGGGUCGAUGACGUCGUCCUAGAGCUGCUCAAUUAUGGAAAAAAUCAAUAUAAUGAUUAUUUUGGUCAAUACUGAAAUAACUUAUUAUUCAAACGAUUAUUUUUUAGUUACAUGAUGCAUUUAUUCAGCAUUUCUCUCAAAAAAACCCCCAAAACACACACUUUGUUAUUGAUAAUUUACGCAAAACUUUCAAAUUGAAACUAAAUAUCGGACUAAACCAGGACUAAACCAGGACUAAAUUUUGAACCUUAGAGCAGUUUUGUGAUGUAUAAAACACACACAAAAUGAUUCAAAUAAACUUUGAACAUGAAAUUAAACAUAAAAAAAAACAUAAAUGUGUCCAAAAUAAACUUUAUAUCCAGCUCUUCUACAAUCUCUAGAUUUAAACAAUUAAAUAAAUGUACUUAUUUAUAUAAAAAAAUAUCUCAAAAUAAACUUUGUUAAGGUUAAAUCAUUUCAACUCGAUUAUAUGAGUUUGGAGAUCGUUUGAACACACAAAUCAAAAUCGUGAUCAGAAUUCGAUGAAUUUAUGUCGUGGUCCAGCCUCAAAACAGACAGAAAAUGAUACGGAAUGUUUGUAUUUUGUUUGUGCUGUGACAGUUUUCAUUUGUGCUAGUGUAUUACUAAUACUAAAAUGAUGGGUAACACUUUAUAAUAACUACACAUUAUUUAGCCUUAAUAAAGCAUGAACAAAGACUUAAUUAAGAAUGAUUCACGCUUAGUAAAUGCUUAAUAAAGGAUAAUUUGUCUUCACUUUAGAAAAGCUCUCAAAAAGACUAAACUAACAGAUAACAGCUGCCUGAAUGAUCAUUGUAUUGUAUUAUUAGUAAAUAUUCUCUCAUAGUUUACUAAUGAUUAAUAAAUGCUCAAAUGGUUAGUUCAUGAGUAAUUAAGUAUGAAAUAAUUAUGAGUAACUAUUUACAGCACAGGUAAAUUAAGUGCAAGUGCUAAUUCAGGUAGUAAUUAAGUAGUUACAAAGCGUGAAUCAUUAAGUCUUUGUUCAUGCUUUAUUAAGGCUGAAUAAGGUGUAGUUAUUAUAAAGUGUUACCAAAUGAUUGAUUAUUAUUUUUGCUGAAAUAAUAUUACGUCAUUUCCGCUCAACUGAUGACAACGACUUAUUACGAUACGAUACGCUUAUAACGAAGAGAAACGACCUGAGGCUGUGGAAAAGUCUGUAUCAGUCUUUAGGAACGUGAUUCAGAUUCAUAUUUUAUAGAAUAAUAGAGUUUUUCACAGGCUCAGGUCGUUUCUCUUAAUAAUUAAUUAAUCAUUGCAUUUAUAUAGAGUCUUUGCACCGUCACGUGUCCCUAUAGCAACAGUACCUACGCCGCCAUGACACCGGGCAACACUAUGUCACUAUGUCACUGACUUCAGCAGCGUUGGAGAAACAUGGGCAGGUUUUGUUGUGUAUUUUGUUGUUCUAGACGCUCUGAAAGGGAUAAAACGAUUCAUUUCUUCACUCUUACUCUGGAAAUGACUCAUCAGGAUCAAACAAGGGAAAAAAAAACGGGAAUUAUGUCUAGAAACAUAAACCACGAAGAGAUUUCCUAUGGUUCCAUCAAGACACACUCACGUCACUUUCAUCAAGAUAUUUACUAUUUAAAUAGUUUCAUAGUUUAUUUAAUGAGAGAAGCACAUUUACUGAACUAAAAUGUAAAAAGAAAACAUUUGCAGUGUGAGUGUGAGUAGAAACUGUAUGUUCCAGCACAUAUAAACAUGUCACUCGUCGUAGGACCAUGUUUUCUUUAUUGUCUUGUUUAUCCACAACUUUGUCUUCUAGAAUUAAUCUCUUUUUGUGAGUGGAUCUUUGUAACGUCGCGAGGAUCUUUUCAUGGUCGAUUCUUUCGAGGUUCGACUCACAGACUCUUCGACUCGUGCGUCGUGUUGAUCACAGGAGCCAGUGUGGGUUCGUUGAAUCAUAAACUAGUGCAGGUUUUCCUCCAUAAAUUAAUGACAUUUUAGUUCAGUAAAUGUGCUUCUUUCAUUAAAUAAACUUUGAAACAAUUUAAAUAGUAAAUACCUUGAUGAAACUUGAGGUGUCUUGAUGGGACCAUUGGAAAUCUCUUCGUGGUUUAUGUUCUCUAGACAUAAUCCGCGUCUUUUUUUCGAUAAUUCCCUUGUUUGAUCCUGAUGAGUCAUUUCCAGAGGAACAGUGAAGAAACGAUUCGUUUUAUCCAUUUCAUUGUGUCUAGAACAACAAAAUACACAACAAAACCUGCCCAUGUUUCUCUGAUGCUGCUGAAGUCAGUGACAUAGUGUGUCUGGUGUCAUGGCGGCGUAGGUAUCGUUGCUGUAGGGUCACAUGACGGUGCAAAACCUCUAUAACGCCUUUCAGGACACUCAGACGCUUUACAGAUCAUUCUUCUUCUCUCCACACUCUGUGGUGUAAAAUACUUCUGUAGCCACAGCUGCCCUGGGACAGACUGACAGAAGCGAGGCUGCCGAUCUGCACCAUCGGCCCCUCCGACCUUCACCACUCACACACUCCACUUUCUUACUGGACAAUGUGGGGGAAGUGUCUGGCCUAAGGACACAACAACUGUUUUUGCGAUCUUCACUGGUUUUGUGGAGUUUUGUUAAAGUCGCCGUCGUCAGUUGAACAGAAAUAACCAAAAUAUAAUUUACACAAAAAUAAUAAUGAAUAAUUUUAGAAACAAACUCACUCAAAUGAAACAGUCACACAAAACAACACAAACCAAAUACAAAUGUUUGGUUUAAUUUUCUGUUGUUUUGUAAUAAAACUGUUAAAAAUAAAACUGUUCAUAUUUUAAGAACCAAAAUCACACAAACUGAACUUUUUACCAGAAAAACGACUGACUUCAUUUUGUGUCAUUUUAUUUUGAAGUUUCCUGGAGCUGCUGAUUCCAGUUUGACCUGUAAAAAGAAUCAUGAAUAUUUCCCAAACUAAAACAGCACAAAUGAAACUUUUUGAAGCACAAACGACAGACGCAGUUUUUGUGCAGAUUUGUGUUUUAUUGGGGCGACUUCACGCAGCUCCAGAGCCACAUGCGGUUCUUUAUUUGACUCUGAUCGGUUCGUUUCAGUUCAAUUAGAAUCACAACAUAAACUUAUUUUAUCAUUUUCAGUCGUAUCUGAACUAAAGCUGCAUUGAUUUUGUUUUAGACGUGUUUUUUAAAUGACUUUUUUUGUUCGUCAGUUUCACUUUUUCAUUUAGUCGAAACAUCAAUUCAUCUUCAGUCUGAGCAACUCGUCAAAAAAUAAAAUAUUCAGUUUUUUAUAAAGAAAUAAAAUUAAAUUUAUUCACAGAAGGAAUCAGAAAAACACAAAAUGAAUAAACGCUGCAGAUAGACGUGUUUAAAGUCGCACUGUGGGACAUUCCAGGGAAAGCUUUAACAUCUCCAUGGAGAUGAGCAGCAGGGAAGUUGUGCAGGGAGCCUUUAAAGUUGCACUGUGGAACUUUUCUGCUGACUCCUGCUUUUCUCCACGGUGGUGAUGAUGUCGUCUCUGGAAUGUUCCACAGUUCGGCUUUAAAUGUUGGUCUGUUUUUUUUUUUUUUUUUUUUUUUUAUGUUGUUUUUGGAAAAAUAACAGCAACAACAAAGUUUAUUGAGACACAGAACAUGAAAUGGUCCGUGACGCAAAGUUUUCACAAAGAAUCGAUUGAAACUAAAACUGUUUUUGAAACUGUAGAAUUCGGGUGUUAUUUGUUUUCUCGUUUUUCACAAUAAAACUAAAAUUAAGAAAAUGGAAAAAAAAAAAAAAAUUCUUCAUUAUUUCUCUCCAAAACCAAAAUGAAAAGACUCUGGGUUCUCUCUCUCAAGUCCAAGAUGAGUCCUGGUUUAAUCCUGGUUUAGUCCUGAUUCAGUGUUGGUUCAAUCAUGGUUUAGUCCUGGUUUAGUCCUGGUUCAGUCCUGGUUUAGUCCGUUUUUUCAGUUUUCAAUUUUGUGUUUAAAUGAAAAAUGGAAAAAAUGGAUAACAAACUGAACCAGGCCUGAACCGGUCUCAGUCCUGAUCUUCUGCUGGUCUGGUCCUGGUCUGGUCCCAGUCUCAGUCCCGGUCCUGGUCUCUGUUGUUAUCCAUUUUUUCCAUUUUUCAUUUAAACACAAAAUUGAAAACUGAAAAAAAAACAACUAAUUAUCUGUUUUUUCAUUUUGGUUUUGGAGACAAAUAAUAAAGAAAAUAGUUUAGUUUUUUUCAUUUUCUUAUUUUUUAUUUUAUUUUGAAAAACAAAUGAAUAAACGAGUGACACAGAUUCCUUCGUCCAGAUGAAACUUUCUCUUCACUGUUUCUGCUCCUGGACGAAUGAAGAAUCUCAUGUUUUAUUUUGUUGUUGUUCGUUUCUUGGACAAAGUUGGACCUUUCGUAAAAACUUUAAUUUUUUUUUUUUUUUUUUUUUUUUAAAGCUGCCGUCUGUGAUUAUUUUGGACGACCCAGAGGACCAGACAGCAGCUUUAAAUGAACUAUUAUUUUGUGUUUUCUGUUUUAUAAUGUUUGUGUUUUUGUUCUAAUUCUUGUGGUUUGGACAUUUUUAGACUCUGAGUUUCAUUUUCUGUUUUUUCCCAGAACAUUUUCAAACUAAAUGUGUUUUUUUUUUGUUCAUGUAAAAGUGUAAAAGUUUACAUUUCACAUUUCUGAACUCAGCGCGUGUGGAGGAAGAAGAAAACUUUCAGGAAUAUUUGUGUGCACAGAAGAGAAAUCUGAGCAUAUUUUCUGUAGCUGAGCAUAAAAUAAAUAUUGUUUAACUCUGGAAUGAAA